AUGUCUUCACUACCUCCGAAAGCAAGUGAUCCCGAAUUUCAAAGUACAGAAUCGAUGCCAGCAUUUGACUUGCUUCCUACCGAAAUGCAUCUGCGUAUCUUUGCGCAUUACUGGUCUUUCGGAAGUCUCAAGUUUGAGAACGCAGUAGAAAGGCGUGUGAUGGAUGUGACGGAUGAACGUUAUGAUAGGAUCAAGUCCGACGAUGUUCGGAGUGAGAUGGCUCUCCUUUACGUCAACAAAAAGAUACACGACAGGUUUGAAGACUUUAUCUAUGGCCAAGCUAGGCUUCGACUUCGUUUCUGUAUCGUGCAGGUAUUUAAGCCUGAGCUCAAAUCAUGGUUGGGGGAACCCUGGAAGAAUAUGUGGCCGCCUAGUAUGCUCGUCGACGACGUAGAAACGGUCCUACGCACGUAUUUACCACUCUUGAGGCGAGUCCGAGAUGUCCGAAUCCAUAUUGAAUUCCCAUACCACAAAACAGAGGUUCCAAUCAAAAAGCAGCAACGUUAUAAACUUGGACAACUCAGAAAAUUGACUGAGGUCAUCACGACUUCGUUCCCAAGUCUGGAAUUGCCAGGCAUAGGCAGAUUAGAGGUCGGCUUGCAUGCUAAUAAUUCGUCUUCGGAAGAUCUCGAGGCGCUGAUGCCUAUCUUCCACAUGAAUGUUGCUCACAAGGAGUUAUUUGAACUAGGAUAUAAAGAGAGGACAAACUUUACAAUCGGUAGGAGGGAUCGCGAGGAUCAUCGAAUGAAUUUUGAGAACGCAAGAGGUAGAUAUUACAUGUCGAUUGGUAAAAUCAUUCCUUUUAUUGAACCAAGUUAG